AUGAACACACCAUACAGUUGCGAAAGGAUGAGCUCCAACUGUCAGGUAUCGAUAAAACAGAGAAAAUUGAUUUGCACACAGAAUGAAGAGGCGAAUAACAAGUACAAUGAGCACAGCGUGAAGAAUAAUUACCAAUACUGCAGCGAUAGAAACGUGCAAAUGUAUAGUAACAUCUGCAAUGUAUUGCGCGGCGGGAGUGUACGAAACGGGUCCAACGGACAAAACUGGUCAGGUGGCUCAAGUGGCUGUAAUACGUCAUAUACCCCUAACGGGCUCGACGGGCCCAGUGCGAACCACAUGCUGGACGCACCGGGCGAGAUUUACCACAACCGGGUGCACAACAAGUCGGAGGCAAACCGAAACAAGCGCCCAUAUGUGCAUUCUCAAAAUAGGAUGACCCAGGAGAUCAAUGAAAUAAACGAAUCUGAGAAGAGUGGCGCUUGUGCAAAGUACGAAGUGUAUAAAGAUACAUACACCAAUCAGGUGGAGUACUUUACACAUUGUAAGAAAAAAAAAAACAUGAACAUAGUGAAUGCUACAACGGAUAGUAGCCACACCAAUUUUACUUUCCAUGGAAGUAGCAGCUGUGGCAUGGCCACUUUUAUGAACCACUCAACAGGUGAAAGUUCUACAACUCUAGAUAACCGUCCAAAUGGAAUUACACAGGAUAAUCGAAAUUACCACAUUAGUUCGAACCAAGGGAGGAGGCACCUCAUGCUUCAUGAUGUGAGAAGUUAUGGCAAUAAAGAAAUUCAAGAUAAUAUUUUUACGCAAAAUUGUGUACUUAACACAUUUGAAAACGCUCAGAACUACUCCUCUAUUGUUCCCUCAAAUGGAGUCUACCAAACGGAACAAAUGUACUCUAAUGAAGCAAAGGACACAUCGGAUAAUUUUAGUUCACUCUGCUUAGGUGGCAACAAGUCGUGUAGGGAAGUUAUUUAUGGGAAGAGUAGAACAGAAGAAAGGAAGAAUUACCAUGAUGGGAAGAGAACAAAUGAUACCUACUUGGCUGAGAAUGUUGAUUAUGAUACACAUCGGAACAGUAUUCGAAAUGUGGAUUUACUCUCUUGUACAAGUUGUUCCAGUGUGGAUAAUGAACUGUCUUCUUCACUAAAUCACCUGAACGCGUCAGGUAAAUGUUCUUCCACAAAGUAUGAAUGCAACGAAAUGAAGGAUUUACUUAGAAAAAACAUAACGUACAAUAACGUAAUUAACAAUAACGUAAUUAACAAUAACGUAAUAAACAAUAACAUAAUUAGCAAUAACAUUAUUAACAACAAUGUAAUUAACAACCACAUAAUCAACAACAUAAUUACCAACAACAUAAUUAGCAAUAACACAAUUAGCAAUAACACAAUUAGCAAUAACACAAUUAGCAAUGCCGCAAUCAGUAACCACUGCAAUAGCAGCAAGGUAGUUAGUAAUAAUUUUAUGGAGAGUGUGAGUAUAAUCAAUCAGUGCGUGUUGAAUGAGAGCCAAGAUAUGCUUUGCGGACGGGAGAAUAAAAAAAUUGACCCAAUCAGCAUAGCCACUAAUCUGGGAGAUCACCAUAUGAAUGCCAAUUUUCAAAAUGUAAAUCGAAUCAGGGCAAAUGACAAUGGGGAUAAUUUUCACGUGAGUAACAUCUAUGGAAUGGGGAAUGAAAAAAAUAAUUUUGUCCAGAGGAACCCAACCGAUAUCAGUAAAACGUGGCAACUUGCGGAGAGGUAUGAAAUAUUUCGUACCUAUCAAGAGAACCCCCCAAACGAUGUAUCCAUUUCAGACAACAACAUAUACUGCAGCCCUAGAAGCGGUGAAGGAGGAGACAUCACUGCAGCUCGAGUCAGUCUUUUUAACAACAACUUCUGCAAAUCGUCCUGCCGCUUCAUCCAAUUUAAUAAGAACCACGUAGAUUCGAAUGCCACAUAUGAACAUGGAAAGGUAGAGAGUGAGGCUAAAAUGAAGGGUACCCCAUUUUUGAUGAAAUAUUCAAAUAUGCCUACCUCAGGGAAAGCGGCGCUAUUGGAUCAAAUGGAAUUUAAUCAUGCAGGUAGAAAUGGCAUUACGAGAAGGGACACCCAUAAGAAUGUCAUUAAACUUGAGAAUCAGCAUGUGGAAGGAAAGCAGGGCCAAAGUUUUAAUCAAAACAUUAGUUUAAAGCAACGUAUUUGCAACGUCGAUGACAGCCAUGGUAACAUUUCUGCACCGGUAAUCAAUACAUACCGUCUCAGCCAAAGUUGUCAAAAGGAACAAAUGCCUGUUCCAAGUAGGUACGAUAAACAGGGUAGUGAUAUCCUCCGUAGCUGCGUAGAACUCAUUCCCCUUAACCAAAUGGGGGGAAAUGGGAGUGCAAGUAAAUCAUGUCAUUUGGCUAUCGAUACUGAUAGGAGUAUAGGUAUAGGUAUCGACCACGUAACAGGCGAUCCACCCAAGCAGACAAAUAACAUUCAUAUGGUGAGUGCAUGUACGGUUAAUAAAAAAAUAAGUUUAAAUUAUAAUUUAAAUGGUCCUUCGGGUGAAAUGCACGUGAACAGUGGCGAUAUUAAUGCUAGUGUUAGUGGUACGGUCACCUGCGCCAACAGACAGUGCGGCAAAUCAACAUGCAUUCCACAGGCGAGUUGCACGAGCAGCCAAAUUAGCACAAAGCAGAUUUGCGGAAACCAGAUCAAUACGAACCAGUGGAAUGAACUCGUCAAUAUGAGCACUAAUUAUAACAUGGAAGGUGCAUGCAAAAGUAGCGUAUCAAGGUGCGCCGAAGGGGGAAACACGGAGAAAAAGUGUGCAAUAGUGGUGGACAGUUCGACCAAACAGAGACAGACAUUGAAAAGGCCAACUUAUCGGAAUUACUGCAGUAUGGGUAACUCUGAUGGGCGUCUCCGGAAGGAAGAAUUGGAAAGAAGAAACAGGCACACAGAAAUGUGCCAACAAAAUGGUAAGGGGAAAGGUGUAACAAAUAAUAAGGAGAAUGUAGCGGUGGAUACAUUCUACCCUAGUGCACAAAUGGAGGGUGGUGAAAGCGGUGGCAGGGGAAUAAAGAGUCAAUCGAAAAUGCGAAAUGACCAAUUGGCUACUACGACGAAGAUAUCAUCCAUGGGGAUGUCAAUGGAGAAAAGUGCUGACCACUCUGCGGAUGAUACAUGCGUUAGUAUGAAUUGUAAGAAGAGUGAAAAGCACAAAAUGAAAAAAAUGUGUGAUUCGUUCAUAUCGCUUACGUCGUGCGGAUCCUAUUUCCCCCGGAAGGCGCUCGAAGCGCAGUUGGCCGCUGAAGAAGGAAAAAAAAAAAAAAAAUUAUUAGAUAUUUUGUUUGCUUACAAAAGUGCGCCGCAUAUCGCGAAGAGCCAAACAAUUGGCAGUGGGAGGAACGCUAUGAAAUGCGGGCUAACAGAACAUAGUGCAGGAAGUCAGGUGAAGGGUAAAGAAAAAAAAAAAAAAAAUUCCACCUAUCCGUUGAGCUAUACUAUAUUACACGAGGGGCACAAUAGUAAUAAACAAAAUAGCCUGAAGAAAAUUAUGAUUGACAAUUAUGCUGAUAGGUGUGAGGAAAAAUAUCAUAAAAGUUUUACUCAUGAGUGCGAAAAUUUAGAGAAAAAAAAAAAAAUUGAGAAUUCCUUCCUGUAUGUGAGUAAAGCAGAUGGGGAAAAAUUGAGUCAUGGGAAGGGCAAAGUCAUCAGCAGUAGUAGUACUAGCACUGUGGGUAGCAGCAAUAGUAGUGGGCACCCACAGGAGGAGGAGCAGCUGGGUGCUAGGGAUUUACAGGAAGGGGGGCCUAUGGGUGUAUCAGACGAAUGUGCUUACGUGAAUGUUAUUUCCAGCCAAGUAAGUACGUUCCGUAGGAUAGGUACCUCCGGAGAAUUGGCAAACGAUUAUGGUACCGUAAAUGGAGAUUCAAACACACCUAUGAUGAACGUUACAUUACAAGGACGGUUUGACAAUAAAAGGAAUGUGAUUAAAGAUUAUCAGAGUUACAUAAAUUGUGUUGGUAGUGAGUUGUUUGCCUGUGGAGGAUGGUCUUCAGAUGCAAGAGACAUGUUAACUUAUGGUAACAGUAACGCUAACGCUAACGCUAACGCUAAUGCUAAUGCUAAUGCUGAUGGUAACAGUAACGCUAACGCUAACGGUAAUGCUAAUGGUAAUGGUAACGCCAAUAGCAACGCUAGUGGUAAGAGUGAUCGUAAUGGUAAUAGUACUAGUGGCUCCGUUAUCAUCAAUAGCAAUACCAACGAAGAAAAAAAAAUGCGAACACAAAACGACGUCGUUGUGCAGUGUGAUCGUAGUUGUGGCUGCAAUAACAACGGAGGAAGCAUAGGUAAUAUUAGUGCAUACGUCAGUGGGGUUUAUAAUAUCCGUUUCCCUACUCACGAUCAGAGGUUCAUCAGAAGGAGCGAUGGUAACACUGAUGGCGAAGUCAAUAUGCCCAGUGCCCCCAAUGUUCCACACGAAUGUAGCAACUACGUUCUUAUUAAUAAUCGUUCCGUAGAAUUGCCUCACGGUAACAAUGGCGUUGUGUGCACAUCUAACGCGUCAAGCAUACAGAACGCAUCUAACGGGAGCAAUAAAAUAGGCGAUACUAUUUGCAACCCUGCUAUGUGUGGAGAUGUAGUGGGUAAUAACGGAAACAGCGAUAAUAAUAAUAAUGUUGUGCUCCACGCUAGCGAGGGUAACUUUUCUGAGAAAUUAAAUUCCUUUCAAGGCGGCUACGGUUCCCUUGCACCGAAGUGUGCAACUUCGGAGAGGCGUGCAAAUAACACGGAGGAUAACUCUAAAGGGCACAGUGUGAAUGGCAUUAAUGGUGCUGGGUGUGUGUCUAUAGCGAGGGGUAUCAGGGAUGUGAAUGACAUGAGUAGCGUUAACAUGGUGAACUCUCCCUGCCAGACCCAAAGGAAUCCUCGCAAGGACAAAACACAGGGAUGGGAAUCUCAGAAUAACGAUUUGAACUCAAAAAGCAUUCCGCAGGAGGCAAGAGAUGGAGAACACAUGAGGAGUAUGAACCAAUGUGGAGGUACUAUCUUGGUUAACAAAGAAAUGCGUGGAACUACUACACCUUUUGGAUGUCCCGAAAACGCACAAAAGGGGACCACCUUAAGGAUUUGCAAUAGAAAUAUCCAUUCGGAAGGGGCCAUAUGUACAAAUGGCACCGUCAUGAAUACCUUCCAAGGAAGUGAUAGAAAUUUGCACAGCGAUAAUCCCGUAAAUAAAAAUGUAGUAAAAUUAUUUAACGGUCAAGUCGAAUCCAACUGUAAGAUUAACAAUGCGAAUGGGAAUGGAGUAGCCAGUUCCUUCAUAAAUGCACAUACAAUAAGCACCAAUGUGAACCCAUUUUACAGGGAGAAUGAACCUACGCGUGCUAUGGGGAAGGGAUAUGUGCAGAACGUAGCUGUUAACAAUUUCAUCCAUGAAGUUAGUAGUUGCAUUGGAAAUGAUGGAAAGACAGCAGGUACCGGGAGGUCCUCAAAGGGGAAUAAUACAAAUAGGAGGGCACAGAAGGAAAGACGGAGCACUAGCUCGAGGAAGGCUUCUACAAGAGUCGCUACGAAGAGCUCUGCCAGUACCACUGCGAUCACCGCACCGAAUAUCGCGUCCAACUGCACCACCCCUACCGAUAGUACCAAGGGCGUGCAGAAAAAGGGGAAGGGAGAAGAGCACGAACGGGAGGAUAACGAGGAGGAACUACACGAGAAGGUAAAGCAUCUUCCCAAAAUCACAGGUGUGAGUUAUGACAAAAAACAAAAACUGUGGGUCUCCCACUGGAGAUCAAAUUGUAAAACCAUACAUAAAUAUUUUUCUGUAAAAAGGUACGGUUUCGAUAAUGCGAGGUUACUAGCCAUUAAGUGUCGAAAACAAAACACCAAGUAUAUUCCCACGGAUCAGGUGUUUGCUUAUAAGGCGGGUACCGAAUCCUCAGCUCAACCUGGGAUCCAAUCCAAAGGGGGCGAAAGUUGUGGAGGCGAGAUACAUCCUUCUGGCCAAGAUAUACAACUUACGGGAAUACUAUCUGAUAGAAAACCAAGUAGGAAGAGCUAUUCGAUUAGGAAGAAAAACAAGGGGAGGACAAAGACUUGCCAAGGGAUGGAUUUCCCCAGGGAACCCCUCAAAAAUGAGAGCGAAGAAUCAGUCACGAAAGGAGUUGGUGCCCAGAAAGUUGAUGGAGAUAAUGGCCGGAUAGGUAGAGCUAAUCUGAUUAAGGAUUUUCAAAAUAUCGGUCAUCAAUGUAGUCCUCCCAUGAGUAGCGAUCAUCCCGGUAGUGGUCUCUGUAGCAAUGACCAUGCGAGCAUUGCCUCACAGAGGAGAGGCCGGACCCAACACCUGCAUAGCCCGGAAACGCGAAACCCAGGUUUCUCCCCCAUGCAGCAGAGCCAUCAGGGCGUAAUUUAUCCGCAGAAAGUGCAGGGCUCCAAGGACCAGGAGCAAAUGCUGAGAGAAAACGACUUAACCGCUAAAUGCACAGUUCAGGGUGAAGCAGGCGAUGUAUAUACUAAUAGCGGCAAAAUGUGCGUGCCGCAUUUUUUGAAGAAACAAGGGAAUCAUGGAACGAACAGUUCUGGUGAUGGCGUUAGCGGAAAUAUGAACAACAUCUCGAAUGACUAUUUGACCGACACGUUGAGUAGUACGAUGAGUAGUACCCUGAGUAGCACUUUGAGUAGCACCUUGAAUGGUAGCAUGAAUGGUAGUAUGAAUGGUAGUAUGAAUGGCAGUGCAAGUGCACAAAAUGCUGAAGAGGCGGAACAGGGGCAAGGCGUAAUUACUAGCAGGACGACUCAACAAAGCAAAAACAGUGGGAUGCACAUAGAACAAGGGAAGAACGAAAAGGUGGAGAAAUCAAGUGCAAAGAAAGAUUAUCUAAUAAACACACAGCUUUACAACAAACUAAUAAACAAUCAAUUGUAUAAUAAGCUUAUUAAUAAUCAACUGAGUAAUGAUCGAAUAAAAAACAACAACUAUUACUGUAGCCUCAUUAAUAGCAAAUUCUACAUACAGGUGAUUAAUAAUAAUCUGCAUGCACAGAUGGGGAGAAAUCAAGGGGAAGCCACCAAAGAAGGUUCCAAUGAUGUCUACUAUGGAGAAUUUAAGAAUGAUGCCUCUUCGGGGAAAAACUCAUUUUCGAACAGUGGGAGCAUUUCCAACAAGGAAACUGUGGAAGGUAAAGACGAUCACAAUUUGUUCCUACGGAGUGGAAGGGGUGCUGGUGAUACUAGUGAAGGUGUUCCUGGUGGGGAUACGCGAAAGACGAAUCCUACUUUUACGAAUGCGGGGAUUACAUACGCAGGGAAAAUAAUACCCCCUCGUGAAUAUGCUAAUAAUGGUACUGGUCCUUACUCGAAAAAUAAUAACUCCCGAAUUGAUGGCAACCAUAAUAGUUUCCGCAGUGAUUCCCCUCGAAUGACUGCGUCAACUCCCAUGGUGCAAAACUACCCCAAGGUGAAAGACGGCAAUAUUUUACUGAGUUGUGGGGGUUUGCAAAAUGGUAGUGAUUCAAACAAGGGUGAUAAGAAUUGUGGUGGUCGGCACGUAAAGGAGGAGGCACCCUACUUUAAUAGGACCACCCAGAUGCUUGAAAAUAAUUUCAGUAAUGAGGGGGCAUCAAGGUUUUCGGGCGGUGAAAAAUUUCUUAGGGGUGGCACUAUCCAGUUUGGCACAACUAUUAGUAACAAUCAAGGCGGAGGAAUGGACAUCAGCAAUGUUGUGCGUAAUAACCACAAUGUGAAUGAUGCGCUGAACCCAUAUAAAAGGAGGGAAGGCCAGCUAUGUGGAGAUGGAAAUAACAGUAGAGCCAUCGUGAAUGGUAAUGGCGUGAAUGGCAUUGGCGUGGAUGAUGGUGGGCUCCAACUCAACCGCAUGGCCACGCAGGGGAGGCACUUUCUCCCAGCGAGCAAUAACAAUGGUAGCAAUAACAAUGGUAGCAAUAACAAUGGUAGCAAUAACGGAACCAACCAUAGCAGUAGCAACCGUAGCAACCACAACCAUCACCCAACUAACAACCACCUACCAGGCAACCAUAACAGCGACCAUCACGUGAGUAGCAACGGUAGGAAUUGCUUCCGGAGUGACCGGCAAGAUGCACUAGAGGAUCAAUGCACUUCCAUCAACAACGACCCCCCUAAGGAGCCUGAACAGUACGGUUGCAGUGGAAAUUUCGCAUGUAACAAUCAAUACGGAGCCCAGUUUUAUGCAGACGGUAAUUACCAUCAUGGGAACGGUGUAAAUAUCAAAAGGGGAAUUAUACAAAAUGGCUAUUUAUUAAGUGAUCAAAUGGGAAAUGAAAUACUCAAUGAGGGACAUUCCAAGGUGGGUGAAACGGGCAUAAGGCAGUGCUCUCAGGGGGGAAGUCCAAUAGUAGAUCCAAGCGCAAGGAAUCCUGUGAACCAAAUGGACGAAGAAAAAAACAAACUCAUGAUUUCCAAAAUCACAACAAAAUAUAUACUCACAGAUAUAAAAAAUAAAUGUCUUAGAAACUGUUCUAGCAAUUUUUUAAAAAAUUUUCCUGACAUAAAAAAUGUUAUUAACAAGCAUAUCAACAAAAUUUCAGAAGCCAAUUCUAUCUACACAAUAAGACCAUAUAUUCAGCUGUUUAGUAAACUACUGGAAAAGAGAAAGCUGUUACACAUGCUCGCUCCGAAUGCACAGGAGUUGUACAUUUACAGCUUGCAUAAAUUGCCCCUUUGA